GUUUGUGUCAUACCAUAAACUAAAUAGAUAAACUAUUGUCAUACAAAUACAAACAAACAAUUGCUUGUUUGGUUGGCUUAUUUUUAGAGUGGCCAGUUAGUUUCUUCAAUACUUACCUAUUUAUGGAUAUUAAAUGCUUCGUGCUACUUUGUGGUUACAAUUAUUAAUUGUUAUUUUUGUCUGCACCAGUUGGUUUCACGUGGUUUACUUGAGUUGGAAGCUUUCCAGCGCUCUGCAGGAUGCCUCUCACCGCUGAUGUUGCUGCCCAACAAGUGCAAGAGCGUCUAAAGUCUCUCCAUAGAUUGGUCCAUGAGAUUGAUGCUGAAAGAGGUCGCAAUGAGCAGUGUAUUGAUUCUAUACUCCGAACAGAGAAGGCAGUCGAAUCGCCUGCCUCGAACGAAGACUCAUCUAGCUCUUCACAACAGCAAAUGCAGUUAAAAAACCUGUACAAAUCUGGCCUGACAGCUGCGGAGCAAGAAGAGAGGUUGCUACGAGCUGCCCUGUCUCGUAUUUACGAGAUCAGGGCCAUCAAAAAUGAGAGAAGAAUCCAGGCUCGCCACGCCGGCAACAAGGAGACGAUCGGGUGCGGCGCGCUGAUGAAGAUGCUGCUGAGCGCGGCGCAGACGCUGCCGCUGCACGUGGGGCGGGCCGGGGCGCGCGCGCCGCCGCUGUGCGGGGCCGUGCCGGCCGACGCGGGCCACGUGGCGCGCGCGGGGGACGCCGUCGCCGCGCUCGUGCGCGUCUCCGACAAGGAGGAGAACUGGAUUCUGGCUGAGGUUGUAAGCUGGCUGCCAGCCCAAGGUAAAUACGAGGUGGACGACAUAGACGAGGAGCAGAAGAACCGGCACGUGCUGAGCCGGCGGCGGGUGGUGCCGCUGCCGCUGAUGCGCGCCGACCCGCGCACCGACGAGCUCGCGCUGUUCCCGAAGGGCGCCGUGGUCAUGGCGCUGUAUCCGCAGACCACGUGCUUCUACCGCGCUGUGGUCAACCGGCUGCCCGCGAGCGCGGCUGACCCCUAUGAGGUUCUCUUUGAGGACUCGUCGUACGCGGACGGGUACUCCCCGCCGGAGCGCGUGGCGCAGCGCUACGUGAUCGCGAUCAAGGAAGGCAAGGGCCGCGCCUCCUGACCCGCGCCCCGGGCUCUCUCCCGCUCCGUCUCUGGCGACUCCAUGCUCUAGAACGUUCUCAUAUCUUCUUUAGACCGACCACGGAAACAAAGUACUAACUGGAAGUGUGUUAUGUAUAUUGGAGAAAUGGUGAAAUAGGUGAAAUUUAACUUGAGUCACUGAUUUUGUGACACACACUUAAAAUUACAAAGUAGACAAAAAUUAUUAACGAAAAUAUUAAUUUUAUCUAGAUUCUUUUUUUUGUCUUUGAGGCCAGCAUCUGUUUUAAAUAUUUGUAAAAAGCGAGAGUAGUCAAGUACAAUGUGGAUUUAUUGAACCAUUUGGAAUCUCUGCACGGAUCUCAAUUUGAGAUUUUUCGUUUGAUGAUUUUUUAACUUCUAAUUAUCUUUGUUACGAUUAAAAUUUCAUUCUCUCGUCAUUUUACUAUUCUGAUUCUGAAAUAAAAUGAAUAGAAUGUGGUGUGUGGAAUAAAUAGAAUGUGACUUCCAGUUUAAACACUUUAUUUCCAACGUAGACAAAUGUCCUCAAAUACCACUUGUUUGUGGCUCGCGUUUAUUGAAAAAACAAUAUAAGUGAAGUUUGUGUGAACGCGAAUAUGUCUUUGUGCUGUUUUAAAAAACUGACAGUGAUAAGCGGAUUUUAGUGUAAUAAAUUAGAUGUUUAAUCUAAUUUGAAAAACUUAUUAUCUUGUAUGAUACUAUUGUGAGCUUGUAAAAAUGAUGAUGUAAAAAUAAUUGAAGCAAAUAAACUGUAUUCUAAUGUUACAUACGAAAUUAUAGUACAUAUGUUGGAGAGUGAUAUAGAGAUAAGACUUAUUUUUAACGCCAAUAUGUAUGUGUAUAUCCAUAUUUUAUAUUAAUAACUUUCUGACUAUACAUGCGUGCGUAUUUUAACGGAUCGAUUGAUCGUUUAACGUAAAGCCUUCUCAUGGAUGUGUUAAUGAUUCAACUUUCAUAUUGAUUUGCAAGCGUGAGUACAAAUACUUUCAGUUUCUGUAAAAAGUUC